CCAAACCAUCAGUAGUCCUCCGGCCAUAGUACGUCCACACAGCAGGGCAGAGAGUUCGAGAGCUAGAGAGACAGAGAGAGGGACAACGACUAAGACAAGCUAGUUCACCGAUAAGUGAUAUCGAACGAAUGGACCGUGUGAUGCAGCUGGUGUCGGAGCGUGCGGUGGUUGUGUUCACGCUGAGCAGCUGCUGCAUGUGCCACACGGUGACGCAGCUGAUGGCGGACCUGAGCGUGAACGCGCUGGUGCACGAGCUGGACAGCGACCCCAGGGGCAAGGACAUGGAGCGCGCGCUGCUCAAGAUGCUGGGAGGGAGGGCGCCCGCCGUCCCCGCCGUCUUCAUCGGCGGCAAGCUCGUCGGCGGCACCAACAAUGUCAUGUCGCUCCACCUCGGCGGAGAGCUCGUGCCCAUGCUCAUGAACGCUGGCGCCCUCUGGGUCUAGACUAGCUAGACACCAGGGCAUCGCGCGCGCGUACUCGUCAGUCGUCACGAACGUACCUAUAUAUAUGCAUGGCCCCAUGCAUGCGUGAGUGGCGUGUGUGAGAAAAUAAACAGAUCAUGCGUUGCAUGCAUGGUCGAAGAGAGGAUUAAUUACCAGGGCUGAUAAACGGCAGGUUUAAUUUUUCCCGUCCUA